GGUCUUGAACUUGCAAUUCUCCUGCCUCAGCCUUUUGAAUUGCUGGGAUUAUAGGCAUGCACUACUGUGCCCAGCUUAAUCUCGUUAUGUCUGAAUUAUAAUUGAGAAAAAGUGAGAUGCAUGUCUCUUUUUUAGAAUUGUAGGAUAGAAGAAUGAAAUAAAUCAUCUUUCUUAAGGCCCAGUAUUAUCCUUAAUAUAUUUCUGGAUAUGUUGUAAAACAAGUUGAAAGUCGUCUGAGGACAUACUAUUUCUGAAUUUAUGAAAAGUAAGAAGCUAUUAAAGAAACCAAAUAACUGACAGUUAAAUGUAGACCUCAGAUCAUCUCUACGCUUUGAGAGUUAUAAAAUGUGGACUUCCUGGUAGUUCUAUGUUUUGAGAGUUAUACAAUAUUUUCAGUCUUUAAGAAGAGUUCCUUGAGAAUGUUUACUCCAUGCAUGACUUGUAAACAUUCCAGUCAUCUCUGCUCUUGAAUUCUUAUUCAUAGAAUUUUUUUCCUUUCAUAUGUUAAUGAAAAGCACACUGUGAGUGGAUGAAAAUCUUGCUGACUUUGCCUGUUGUAAGGGAAUUUUUCCCCAGGUUUGUGAUAGAAUUCUUAGUUCUUAAUAUGCACAUGAAUGCCAAGAGAGUUAUAGAUGAAGAUGUAUAUAUGUGUGGAUGUUGGUGUGGAUGUGUAUUGGAUUUUUAAAUUUUUAACAAGAUUAUUUCUUGUUCACACACAGAAGUGAUCAUUUUGGCUUUUUCUAGAAUUUUCUAUCACUGACAGGUCAAAUGAAAGAAAAGCAGUCUUUCUGAUACUUCUUUCCUUUUUUGAUAAAUUAUGGUGGCAGGCAGUGUCAACCAACUGUGUCACCUCACAGUGAAACAGCCCCAAUUCCAGUUCCUACUCAAAUAAGGAAUUAUCAACGCAUUGAACAGAAUCUAACAUCUACUGCCAGCUCUGGCACAAAUCCGCAUGGUUCUCCAAGAUCUGCUGUGGUACGAAGGUCUAACACCAGUCCCAUGGGCUUCCUCCGGUUGGGAUCUGGCUCCCCUGCACCAGCAGACACAGCUCAGACAGUUGGACGAAGACUGUCUAUUGGGUCUUCUAGGCCUUAUUCACCUUCCCCUUUGGUUGGUACCAUUCCUGAGCAGUUUAGUCAGUGCUGUUGUGGACAUUCUCAGGGCCAUGAAUCCAGAAGUAGAAACUCUUCAGGUUCUCCAGUGCCACAGGCUCAGUCACCACAGUCUCUCUUAUUGGGUGCUAGACUGCAGAGCGCCCCUACCCUUACUGACAUCUAUCAGAACAAACAGAAGCUAAGAAAACAGCACUCUGACCCUGUGUGCCCAUCCCAUACAGGGGCUGGAUAUAACUACUCACCUCAGCCCAGUCGGCCUGGCAGCCUUGGAACAUCUCCCACCAAGCAUAUGGGAUCUUCUCCACGGAGUUCUGAUUGGUUCUUUAAAACUCCUUUACCAACAAUCAUUGGUUCUCCUACUAAGACCACAGCUCCUUUCAAAAUCCCUAAAACACAAGCAUCUUCCAACCUGUUAGCCUUGGUUACUCGUCAUGGGCCUGCUGAAGGGCAGUCCAAAGAUGGGAAUGACCCACGGGAAUGUUCCCAUUGCCUUUUGGUACAAGGAAGUGAGAGGCAUCGAUUUGAACAGCAGAACAAAGCAGUGUUUGGCAGAUCUGUCAGUACUGGGAAGUUAUCAGAUCAACAAGUAAAGGCAUCUUUAGGUGGACACCAGGGCAGCACUGAUAGUUUAAAUACAGAACGGCCUAUGGAUAUAGCUCCUGCAGGAGCCUGUGGUGUUGUACUGGCACCACCCGCAGGAACCGCUACAAAUUCUAGGGCUGUCCUCUUCACUGUGGGGUCUCCUCCACACAGCGCCACAGGCCCCACUUGUACCCAUAUGGUCCUACGAACAAGAACCACCUCAGUGGGGUCCAGCAGCUCAGGAGGCUCUCUGUGCUCUGCAAGUGGCCGUGUGUGUGUGGGCUCCCCACCUGGCCCGGGCUUGGGCUCUUCCCCACCGGGAGCAGAGGUAGCUCCCAGCCUGAGAUAUGUGCCUUAUGGUGCUUCACCCCCCAGCCUAGAGGGGCUUAUCACUUUUGAAGCCCCCGAACUGCCAGAGGAGACACUGAUGGAGCGAGAACACACAGAUACCUUACGCCAUCUGAAUGUGAUGCUGAUGUUCACGGAGUGUGUGCUGGACCUAACAGCUGUGAGGGGGGGGAACCCUGAGCUGUGCACAUCUGCUGUGUCCUUGUACCAGAUUCAAGAGAGUGUGGUUGUGGACCAGAUCAGCCAGUUGAGCAAAGACUGGGGGCGGGUAGAACAGCUGGUGUUAUACAUGAAAGCAGCACAGCUGCUUGCAGCUUCCCUGCAUCUUGCCAAAGCUCAGAUCAAGUCUGGGAAGCUGAGCCCAUCCUCGGCCGUGAAACAAGUUGUCAAAAAUCUGAAUGAGCGAUAUAAAUUCUGCAUCACCAUGUGCAAAAAAAUCACAGAAAAGCUGACUCGCUUCUUCUCUGACAAACAGAGAUUUAUUGAUGAAAUCAACAGUGUAACUGCAGAGAAACUCAUCUAUAAUUGUGCUGUGGAAAUGAUAAAUCUAGUAUUGAAAGAAGAUUGUCAGCACUCUGCUGUAGCACUGCGACUGUGUGAGAAGCAGGCAUGUCCAUGGACCGGCGUGGGAGCAUGAGGUGAUACAUUUGAGAUUACAGCUUGGUUCUGUCACCCAUCCCCAGGAAACUAGUUUAACUGGUGACUACCAAAGAACAAGCAGCAAUUUCAAAAAGGAAAAACAAUCCAAAAACUACAUGUCUGUAGAAAAUCUGCCUUACUGGAGAAGAUACUCCCUUUUCCCUUUUUCUUUGUAGAAGCAGAAGCAGGAGUAUUCCAGUUUGCUCCCUGUUUGAACUUGGUAAAUAAACAUACCUUAGAACUAGAAUUAUCAUUUAUUAUUAUGGAUAAUUAAACAUGAAAUAAGGCAAGUGGCACUUCACUCAGUUCAUAGAGCAAUGUAUGAAAUGCCAUGUGUUUGCUGAGGUGUACACAAGCAAGAAUAUACAUCUCGUCAGACAGUUUGAUGUUUGGGGUGAGUUUGUCUGAACCUGAGCAUGCAUCUUUCAACAGCUCAGGAAGAAAUAGUUUAAGAAGAAUCAAAAGAUGGCUCUUGGAAGAAAUUUUGAAAUCUUCAAUUUGAUCUAGUAUGGACAUACGUUAAUUCUUCCAAAAUCUUUCAUAUUGCACUAAUUUAUUAAAACAACUGUGUAUUGGAUUUUGCAAUUUAAAACUAACUGAGGCACAAUGGACUUGUUUAAAGUAUUUUACUUGAUUAUAUAUAUAUACCCUUUCUAGAAUUCACAUGUAAUCUCUAUUGAACUUUUAAAUGAUCAAAACUUGUGUUCAUGUGAAUCUUUGCAUUUUUUAUUUGUUUAUUUACACCUACAGAUCUUCUUAGUAAUAUUUUGAGUUGCUGAUGUUUACUUUGUUUGCAUUUUUCCUUGUGCAUGCAAAAUGUGCAUUGAUGCCUGUGACUUUAGGUUUAUUAAAGAAUAGGUUUAUUUGGACAGUAUUAGAAAAACUAUCAUGAAUCAAGAGAUACUCUUGAGAAUUUUCAUAGGGCCAAAACAAAGUUGGUGAUCAAAGGCUUGUUAGUGAUGUGGAGUUUCUACAUGAAGUUAGUGAAAAAUUAGGUUUGUUUUCUCUUAGGAAAAUGGCAGCUCUCUCCAGCCUAACGUGUAUUUUUAAUGUUAAUCCUGACAGUUCACCAAAUAGCUUGUAAUGGAAAAGCAGGCAGUUAACAUCCUUUUAGGAAUGUUUCAUAUGUUGUAUAUUAUUUGGUUUCUUUUACUUACCUGCUUGAAUACUUGAAAUAAACCAUUCACCAGUUUUAAUCCUAUUAUUUUAAGCCUUUUACAUAAAAUAUUUUGAACUGACAGUGUGCAGAAGCUCUUCGGCAUUACUCUAAUUUUAAUGUACUGAUAAAAACAAACAAACAUGGAUUUCCUUUACUUUGACAAAGUAAUGUAAUUUCUACUUUAUUUAUCUGUAUGAAAUUCCAGCAGUUAAUUUGAACAUUUAUUUAUAUGAUGUUUGUAUUUUUAGGUCUUUAAUACAGUGUCUUUCUACCUCUCAUUUGUAACUGCAUGCGAUAUUCUUGAAACUAGUUAAAACUCACUGAAUUGUUGUGUAAUAGCCUUUUUAUUAUUACCUAUACAAAUGUAUAUUAAGGUAAAAUAAAACUGACAGUGUUUCUAGGUUACAGUUGGGUCCAUAUUAAAUGGCUUGUCAAGGCAGAUACUUCCUUAGUCUGGGGACUUGGUCAUUAAGGUCCUUUGCCACAUCCCAGGAUUUCCCAGGAUUUAAGAUUCUUGGUGACUGUCAUUCAGGCUUCCGUAAACUGAUGAUCACUUCCCCUUCUUGCUUAGUGAUACUCUAUUUUUGUAUAAUUUUUAGAGUUUACACUUUCCUCCAUGUUCUCCCCUGUAUUAUCUCAGUUGAUCCUCUGUGUGGGUGGGUAGGGUUAUUCUGCCCCCUCUCUAACUUUUUUUAAACACAUGAUGAAACAGGUUCAAAGAGGGUAAGUGAUUAGUCUGAAGUCAGGAACUAGGAAAGUGGUCAAGCCAUGCUUUGUAACUUCCAAGUUCUUUGUUCUUCCUCUUUUGUAGUCAAGGUCUUGUUAUUGUUAGUGUGUAUGAAACAGUGAAGUCUCAACAGCAGAGAACAAACUGUAAAUUUAUGAGUAAUGGUUCUGAUUAUAUUUCCAUUAUCAAGGCUGAUUGUUUUAAGAGAUUUUUGCCUUGAUUAUAGCAAUAAUAAUAAACAAGUGCUUUAUGUUUCCAUGA